GAGCAAUCUAUCUAUUCUACCCCACCUGACCUGACCCGCCGUGCCUCAACCGGUUCCGCGCGGCCAACGCGUCUUCCGGUCUGCCCCGUCGGCGAUAAUCCGCCGCCUAGCAAAGCGGCCGAGCCGAGCCGAUGGCGCUGGCGCUGGCCGGGCUCCCCCACGCCGCUUCCCGCCUCGUGCCUCGUGUCCGCCAGCCUCCCUUCCGCGCUCUCUGCGCCGCAGCUGCGGCCGGCGAUGCCUCGAAGCGGAUGCUGGUACUGUACACCAAGCCGGGGUGCUGCCUCUGCGAUGGACUCAAGGAGAAGCUCCACGCCGCGUCCAUGCUUGCUGGCACGCCCUACUCACUCGCGUCUCUCGAGCUCCAGGAGAGGGACAUCACGACGAAUCCGGAGUGGGAGCGGCUCUACCAGUACGAGAUUCCAGUGUUGGCCAAGGUGCUCCCCGACGGGACCGAGGAAGUACUUCCCAGAUUAUCGCCACGUCUAAGUGUUGAGCUCGUACAAAAGAAAAUUUAUUUUGCGUUUGAUCAGUAGGGAGACCGUUCUGGGGGAAACGGUAAUUUUAUUUUAUUAAUUAAUAGCUCCAGCUGUAAGAUUGCCAGUUGUUAUAUUUUCAUGAUUUUGACACAUGAAUUUCAAUUUGCUUGACUUAUGUUUGCAAGGAAUUACUUUAGGUUUGUUCAUUGCUCUGAUGAAAUAUAAAUUAUAUGGAGUGACAUCCAAA